GAGACCAGUAGUCUUGUCUUGCAACCCCCCGAUUCCCGAAGCCUCCUUAGCGCGUGCAGUGAACGCCCCGCCGCAGCCAUGCCGAUCAGGAACAUCGCCGUCGGCCGUCCCCAUGAGGCGGUGCACCCGGACGCCCUUAAGGCGGCGCUGGCCGAGUUCAUCUCGACCCUCAUCUUCGUGUUUGCCGGGGAGGGCUCGGGCAUGGCCUUUAACAAGCUAACCGACAACGGCGCCACCACCCCGGCCGGCCUCAUCGCCGCAUCCAUCGCCCAUGCCUUCGGUCUCUUCGUCGCCGUCGCCGUCGGUGCAAACAUAUCCGGUGGCCACGUCAACCCCGCCGUCACCUUCGGGGCCUUCAUCGGCGGGAACAUCACUCUGCUCCGUGGCAUACUGUACUGGAUCGCCCAGCUGCUGGGGUCCACCGUCGCGUGCUUGCUCCUUAAGUUCGUCACCAAUGGCAUGACAACCUCGGCUUUUGCCCUGUCUUCGGGCGUCACCGCGUGGAACGCGCUGGUCUUCGAGAUCGUCAUGACCUUCGGGCUGGUGUACACCGUCUACGCCACUGCCGUCGACCCGAAGAGGGGGAACCUGGGAAUAAUCGCCCCGAUAGCGAUCGGCUUCAUCGUGGGGGCCAACAUCUUGGCUGGCGGAGCCUUCGACGGGGCAUCCAUGAACCCGGCCGUGUCGUUCGGGCCCGCCCUGGUGAGCUGGAGCUGGGACAACCACUGGGUUUACUGGGUCGGCCCACUGAUCGGGGGCGGGCUCGCGGGCCUAGUUUACGAGACCUUCUUCAUCAACCAAACCCACGAGGCGCUGUCCACCGCAGACUACUGAGGAUGCUCGUAGAAAAUUGAGCGUGGGAAAGGAACUGUAGAGCUCAAACACGUUGGAAUCUGAUUUGCCGGCGCAUUUCUUCACUUGGUUUUGAGAUUUUUCUUGUGUAUUCUAUGUAUUCCGUUACCGUUUGAUCGGACGAUAACCUUUCGGUUAUCGUAGAAGCCUCACCGUAGUGUUUGUACUGUGCAAAUUGGUGUUAAUUAAUUUCAAAUAUUAUGCAUGGCCACAACUGAUGAUUAAAAACCAUGAAUGAAGAAUAUAUUCUUGGUGGU